AUGUGUGAGCGCAUGUGCAAAAUAAUCGGAAGCGAAAAUAAAAGACUGGAGAAGUUGAACUGGAAGGUUUGCAUUUUUUUAGCUGAGUAAUCUUUGUGAAGAUGUCUGGAAUAGCCUUAGGACGACUAGCAGAAGAAAGGAAAGCCUGGAGAAAAGACCACCCUUUUGCUGUGAUUUACUCUUCACAGGGUUUUGUUGCCAAACCUAACAAAAAUGCAGAUGGAACCUUGAAUUUGAUGAAUUGGGAGUGUGCUAUUCCAGGUAAAAAAGGGACAAACUGGGAAGGAGGCCUGUACAAAUUACGAAUGCUGUUCAAGGAUGACUACCCUACCUCUCCACCCAAAUGUAAAUUUGACCCACCCCUGUUUCACCCUAACGUCUACCCCUCUGGUACAGUGUGUCUAUCUCUGCUAGAUGAAGACAAAGACUGGAGGCCAACAGUGUCCAUCAAACAGAUAUUAUUAGGCAUACAGGAAUUAUUGAACGAGCCAAAUAUUAAGGACCCAGCUCAGGCAGAAGCUUACACAAUUUACUGCCAGAACCGCAUGGAAUACGACAAACGAGUACGUGCCCAGGCUCAACACUUCAAACCGAACACCCUUUGUGGUUAACUUUCCAUACUUUACUAAUCACUUGUCCAGUUUUCAUCUCAUUGUUCCAGACAACAUAACUGAAUGUCAUUUUUGUGGUUUAAAUACUGUAUAUACUGAGUGUAUAAAGUUCAUUUUUUCUUAAUUGUUGUCUGGCUAUGUAGGAUAAUCCCUGAUUGUUCUUGUGGCUAGCAUUGGAACCCUGUCUGUUUUACUCCACAUUAGUCACAGGAACCUUCGUUGUGCAAAUUCCAUACAAUCUAGAUCAGUGUAAUUGUUCCUAGGCGGGCCUCGAGCACAGAAGGGAUAUCUAUUGUAUAUCAGCCAUCCUAUUACUGUCCUAGUCAGUUAUUGCAUUAGCUUAAUGUAAAAUGAUAAUAAAAGCAAAAAUGGCCAUAUUGUGCCAUGUGGCCUGGGUAGACUUGUUGGAUGUCUCUUAAUAAGUAGUUAUGACUUAUAAUGAACAUGAAAUAAUAUUGAAGAGCAAUCGCAGAACUUUUUCUAUAUCUGGACAUUUAAGGGAGAUAAAUAAGAUGAGUUAUGGGAAGGUCAAGAUAUUUUACUAGGGAAAAAAAAUAUGCUGUGUUGAAAUGAAGAUCUUUUACUAGGAUGAGUGAGAGAGGCUUUGUAUUUAUUCUGUUGUAAAUCAAUACAUUGUUUUAUGGUUUUCAUAUCCUUGGAAUAGGUCAGCUUUUGGAAAUCAGUAACUUUUUUUUUUUCUGUGUACAAAGUCUAAAUAAACUCUCAUUAUUUCA